UGUAUAAGAACCUCAGAAACCCUAGAGGCCCCCCAGCUACGCCUUUUCUCUCUCGUCUUCACCCCGCAGCUCUCUCCUCCUCGUUUCUAAGGUAAAUUUUAAAGAAUAUACCUAGCGAUAGAGAUGGCAGUUGCAUUCCAUGACAUCAACUCGGCUGCUGGCCUCAAGAAAUUGGACCAGUACUUGCUCACUCGCAGCUACAUCACCGGCUAUCAGGCGUCAAAGGAUGAUAUCACCGUGCACGCUGCUCUCUCCAAGCCCCCAUCAUCUGAAUAUGUGAAUGCAUCCCGGUGGUACAACCACAUUGCUGCCCUUCUUAGGAUUUCGGGUGUUUCUGAAGAAGGCUGUGGUGUCACAAUUGAGGGAUGUGCUCCCAUCACAGGGGAAGCAGUUGCCACUCCUCCCGCUGCUGAUUCAAAGGCCUCUGCUGCUGAAGAUGAUGAUGACAGUGAUGUGGAUCUCUUUGGUGAGGAGACCGAAGAGGAGAAGAAGGCUGCUGAAGAACGUGCAGCUGCUGUCAAGGCAUCUACCAAAAAGAAAGAGUCUGGCAAGUCAUCAGUUCUGCUUGAUGUUAAGCCAUGGGAUGAUGAAACAGACAUGAAAAAGCUUGAGGAAGCAGUAAGGAGUGUCGAGGUUGAGGGCUUACACUGGGGAGCAUCUAAACUUGUACCUGUUGGGUAUGGCAUAAAGAAGUUGACAAUCAUGCUUACAAUUAUUGAUGACCUUGUUUCUGUGGACACUCUAAUUGAGGAACGUCUUACCGCGGAACCUAUCAAUGAAUAUGUCCAGAGUUGUGACAUUGUUGCAUUCAAUAAAAUAUGAUUGAUGCACUGCAGAGUUGGAGUGGUUUGAAGAUCUUUCUACUAUGUGUACUCAUAUUUUGUUUCUUGGGUUAUGAUUCAAGACUUUGUAUUUUAGCUAGAUGAUCUCAGUUUUAAUUGAACACUUGGGCAGACCCAGGUUUUGUAUGGUUCAAUAAUAUUUCAUCUAUAUUCUCUGACUGUUUUAUUUUGGUACAUGUAGUUUGUUUUAUGAUAUUCUUCAUCUGUGCAUUACUUUU